CUGAAAGUGAAAAUGUUUUCUUUAAAUACAGAUCACUUCGUGGACAGCCUUUCAAACCUGCAUCCGCAGCAAGCUGACGAUACAGGCUCGCUCUCUCCUUAUCUCCUUAUCUAUUACUUAUUUUGAACCAUGUCCAAGCCAUGCAUCACAGAUCAGUCCUUGCUUGAUAUGAUAGACAACUUUGACAGGCCAGGAGGAGCAUAUGCUGACGGACCGUAUGCCGAUGCAGACACAUAUGCAGAUGGUUUCACAAACAAACCUGGAAAACGCCUCCCAAAAGCUGGAGCUGUAGCUCAGGCUGGAGUAGCACGAGCUGGAGCACAGUGGAGAAUCUUUCAGGCUGAAGCCAAAGGCCCAAAUGCUUCUGCAGGUGCUGAGGCUAAAGGGCUUGAAGCUGGUGCCAUGGCUCGAGCGGAGAUUGGAAGUGCAGCUGCAUCUGCUGGACCAGUUGGAGUGAAAGUUGGGCUGGGGGUUGACACAGGUGUCAAAAUUAGCCCCACAAAAGCAGAAGUAAAGUUUCUGGGCUAUCACCUUGCGUUCAACUUCUCAAAACGGCCACUGCAACCAGCUAAAAAGGCAGGCUCGCUCCCUCUUUCUCUCGACCAUCACUUAUUUUGCCCCAUCUCCAAGAUGAGCUCCUCAGGACCUGGACGAGCUCGAGCAGAGCAGAGCAUCUUUGAAGUUGAAACCAAAGGCCCAAGUGCUUCGGCAAGUGCUGAGGCUAACGGGCUUGAAGUUGGUGCCAUGGCUCGAGCGGAAGUUGGAAGUGCAUCUGCAUCUGUUGGACCAGUUGGAGUGAAAGUUGGGCUGGGGGUUGACACAGGUGUCAAAGUUGGCCCAUCAAACGUAGAAGCAAAGUUUCUGGGCACUGGGGUGACAGUUGGCCGCACAGUAGGGAUUUCUUUGUUUGGAAAUGAGCUGAGUUUUAACCUUUGGUAAAACAACAUUAAUUAUACAAAUCAUUUCCAUUUACACCAUUUAGCAAAAGUGCUUUGUUGUGCACUCGGAGAAUAGAUCCAUAACUAAUGGAAAUACACUGGAGUCUAUAGACAGCUUUGAACUAGGACACUGCCAGAAACAAGAAUCAGUGCUGAUACCAAGAUACAAAAACAUGUAAUGAAAAAAUAAGAUGUUUCAUUAAGUGCUGUUACAAGACGUUUGUGCUAGAUUAGUGUUCGUAUAUAUAUAUAUAUAUAUAUGCUUUUUAAAGAAGUGGGUCUUCAGUUGGUUCUUAAAGAAAUGAGGGACUGACAUCUGUUCUGACAUCUGGGGGAAAUUUGUUCCAACCUCUUUUGCAAAAAGUAUUGGUUUACAUGAUUACACCAUGUGAAAGUGAAUCAUCAUGUUAUAUGAAAUAAAGCUCCCUAAUAAACCACUAAAGCCUAAAUGUCUUAUUAUUAUUAUUAUUAUUAUUAUUAUUAUUACUAUUUUAACGUUUUACAUUAAGGGUCGCUAAU